AAUAAGAAAGAGAAUCAUUCUUGAUGAUAGGUUCUUUGUUGAAUUUGGGGAGUGGAGGCCGGCUCCCUAUCGAAUGAGCGACUGGGAGAUGUGGAGGGUGGACGUGCUUCUUAGGAGCAGUGGUCCGAGAAAAAGGUAUUCUCGAACGCAAUGGCACCAGGAAUACCUCUGGUGCGAGUCGACAGGGCAGUACCUUUGUCGGGGUUUUUGGGCUACGCCUAGUUUUCUUGAACCGUCCGUCGUUAGGGAAACCCUUGGAAGGCUGCCCCUUCUUGAGGAUAUGUGGAGGGUGGAUAGGCGUCAUACUAUAAUCCCUUUAUCUGCCUUACCACCGGUACCACCAGAGGUCGGGUACCAACCUGUUUCUAAGGCCUACCAACUGACCUUCUUGCAGUGCCAUUAUUGGACACGGGGUCGGCAGUCCCGGACCCGAGCAAGAUGGCAAGUGAAAAUUAACGUUCCUGUGGGUCGCGUCUGGGAGACGAUCGGGUCUGAAGGAUUUCUUUUAGAUCCGGUCGUUUCAUUGGCUGCCGCGCUGCGUUAAUUGAGGGGAAAAAUUUAAGGAUUCUCCAGGGGGCGGUGUGGAGCAAAGGGAUAGUUUCCAUUCUUCCCGUGUGAAAGCUCACAUGUUUUUAUUUGAUAAUUGAGAUUCUUGUUCCUAUUGAUAGGAGAAUUGUGUAUAAAUUAAUAAUAAGCUUUCCUUAUUACUUAAAUAUUAUAAAUUCUAUAUAUAUAUAUAU